AUUCCUUUCCACCCCCACCAUGGAAGACGUCGGCGCCUUGGUGGCGGCUUACUCCCGCGGCCUGGCCGGGGGCCUCGGCGUGACCGUGUGCGCCGCCGCCGCCGCCGGCGGAGUCUUGCUUUAUAAAAUCGCGCGAAGACCGAAGCCCACCCACACGACGGUCAACUGCUGGUUUUGUAACCAGGAUACGGUGGUGCCUUACGGGAACCGCAAUUGCUGGGAUUGUCCGAAUUGUGAGCAGUACAACGGAUUUGAAGAGAAUGGAGAUUACAACAAGCCAAUCCCAGCUCAAUACAUGGAGAAUCUAAAUCACGUCGUUUCUGGAGCAGGGGCCUUCUACGACCCCACCAAGCCCCAACAGUGGGUCAGCAGCCAGGUCCUCCUUUGUAAGAAGUGUAACAACCACCAGACCGUGAAGAUCAAGCAACUGGCGUCUUUCACCCCCAGAGAAGAGGGCAAAUACGACGAAGAAAUCGAGGUAUAUAAACACCACUUGGAGCAGACCUAUAAACUCUGCCGGCCCUGCCAAGCUGCCGUCGAAUAUUAUAUCAAGCAUCAAAACCGCCAGCUCCGAGCUCUCCUCCUCCGGCACCAUUUCAACAACCGGAAAAGCGACAAGUCUUAUAUGCAGAGUUUUUACGCCUCGGCUUCUGCGGGCAAUACCACGCCACUGCGAGUGAUCCUGCUGCGGUUUCUGGCCUUCCUCAGUUGCACCACUCUUGUGUUGAUGGCCCUAUAUGGGUCAGGAGACCCCUUUUUUUCGGGUUCUGCUACAUCGCCGGUUCUGCCAAGCUCAGGUCUGUCGAGGAACAAGACCGGGCCAGCUCCGCCAGUGAUCCUGCCACGUAACGACUCCCUCCUGGAAUCGAUGGGCUGGCAAGAGGCUAUCCAGUCGUUCUCAGCGCGAGCCGUGGAGACGCUGGAAGCAGCCUGGAUCUACGGGAAGAACCAUCAAACGGCCGUGGUUGUCUUGGGGCUUUUCACUUGCAUCCUGGCUAUGUUGCUGGCAGGACGGAUCAGGCUCCGACGCAUCGACGCCUUCGCUGCCUUCCUGUGGCUGCUGGUGAUGGGCUUCCACUUGGUAGAGAGGUAUCUGCAGGUGGACAUGCCCAGCUGGGUGGAGACCGCCAAGUUUGGCACCACCUCCCUGUGCUGCUUGGUGGGAUUUGCAGCCGCCGUGGCCACGCGGAAGCCCGGGGGUCAGUGGAGACCUCAGCCCCGAAGGUUUUCUCCAGGAGAUCAACUGGCCGUCUUCCCCAGCAGCGCCGAGUUCAGCUUUGUCUACCCUUCUCCCCCGCUUCCUUUCGUCCCCAGUCCUCCCAGUAUCCUCCAGUUGAACCAGCGGCUUUUCUGCUCCCCACGUCGGACGUCCUCUUCGUCUCUCCCCGGACGGCUGAAUCGGGCCCUUUCGCUCGGCACGAUCCCUUCCCUAGCCAGGACCGAUUCGGGCUACCUGUUCAGCGGAAGCCGCCCGCCCUCGCAGGCCUCCUGCCCCAAGGAUUGGGCAGCAUCAGAAUAUUUCUCGGUCCUCUCCGGAAGUUGCAUGCCCUCGCCGGCUCCCUCACCGGCACCGUCGGUGGCUGGCUCCAUGGCGUCCAGUUCCAGUUCCUUGCGGUUCCGCCGGCCUCUGAUCAGCCCCGCUCGGCUGAACCUGAAAGGGCAGCAGCUGAGACUCUUCAGGGGACAACGCGAACUCCAUCCCGGGGAAGAUUUCGCCUCGUCGGAAAACAGCCCGUUUGCUCCGGAGCGGUCUGUCUUUCCCAAAACGCACUUCGGAGAGCAGGGCCUACCAGAUGUGACAGCAGCCAGCAGUGUCUCCACCGAAGAUUCCGGGAAAAAGGCAGACGGUUCGUCGCACUCGUCCAAUUGUGUUGUUGACACCACAACGAAAGAAGAACCUUCAGGUUGGAAGGGCUGUUUUGGGAACCUGCUUCUCCGAGGUCUCCUGGCCCUCAGCCUGACGGUCAACGCCAUCUUCACCUCCGCCUACCUCUACCAAACGUUGCGAUGAGGCUCAGGGCCUGCCCCCCACUCCACCCGCACCCCCCCUCAAAAAAAGUGGGGGGGGAGUCUCCCCCAUUUCCCUCAUCCUGGAGAUCGCGAGCUUACCGAAGAGACCAGGACAUUGCAAGGACCUUCUCCGCCGCAUGGCCGCGUCCCGCACAGGCAGCGGGAUCCGGUCUGUUUCUCCUGAUCUCCGUGGCUUGCCCCCCCCCCCCGAUAUUCCUUGCCUGCUUCACCCGUCAUCUGAGAACAGUCUUGGUGGAUCGGGAAGCGCUCUUGACUUUUUUUUUUUUGUGCCCUGGUUUUCCUCGACCCGUACAGAAUGUGGGACGAAAGAGACGGGAGUUUGGACGGCGAAGGCCGGACGUGGGUGCCGUUUGCGUUCUGCCUUUCAGCCACAAACCUCGAAUGGUGGUUAAAUGCUGGCUCACGGAGAGAGAACUUAAGAACUUCGGGGGGGAGUCCCUCUCUCCAUCGUCUUUGGUCUUCCAAAUCCUAGCUCUCUUUUUCCUAAUCUCUCUGUGGCCGAGGGGUGUGUGUGGAAAAACAGUCCCUCGCGUUGCUGGAUAAGUUGCUGACUUCCAGGAUCCGGUCAGUUUCACUGCUUUUUUAGGAUCCGGUCAGUUUCACUGCUUUUCAAGUCAAACGUGUCUGGGACGUUUGGAGAAAGUCUGUUAACUGUGUGUAUGUCUGUUCUUAAUUUAUUGAUUUUCAGGGUCCAGGAAGACUGGCGUUUUUGAGAAGUUUCAUGCAGGCCAAAAUGGGUUGGGGACAUCUUUAUUAGCGUCAGGGGAAGAAACCUGUGCAAAAUAAAGUGAAUUUUCCCCCCCCCAUUCUUAAGUGGCCCUGUACUAGGUUUCCUGAUGACAUCCUGCUUUUUUUUCUCCCCCAAACCAGAAACCGGUUCCUUCAAUUUGGGCUUUUGAUGUCUCUCCGCAUUUGAAUGCAUGUGCUAGAAAUUAGAAAAUGUUAACUUUCCUGCGUUACCACCCCGGUUUAAAAUCUUCCUUCUUCGGCUCACGUUGGCUGGCUAAAAAAAAUGCCAAUAUUCUGCCUUAGCCGGCUGUGCAACAUGGGUUAGAAGGCUGAUUUAAAAAAUAUAUAUAUAUUUUAAGAGCAUGACAAAAAGAGACAUCUGCAAAGCUCUUUUUUUUUUUGGCCUCUUGAGCAACCAAGGAAUUUUUAAUUUAUUUGUUUUUUAAAGCCAAGAUUAAGACCUAUCACUUUAUCCGUUGAUGAUCUUGGCUUGGAAGCGGGACGUUUAAUGUCUUAAUUGCCAAUUGGCUCACGGACAGUGGCAGGAUAUUCAGGGAACCUUUUUCUCAGAGCUUGUUAAAAAAAGUUUCAAUUUUUUUCCCAUCCUUGGGGGUCUCUCUUCCCCACCUCACAGCCACCCAGCUGCCUUGAAACCGCUCCGAAAAAAAAGCUUUUUCCCAGAAAUUUCAAACGUCGUGUUCAACAGGCUUUCUUUAACCACCUGUCAGUCCUGUUUAAUUUUGCUUCCUACGGCAAAUUUCUCCCCCCCCCCCAAAAAAAAGUGGCGUUAUCGCCACGUGUGUUGCAGAAAGCAGUUAUUUUUUUAAAAAAAGAAAAAUCUGGAAAAAAUGCACGGGGACGACAUGCCAGCUCAAAACAGGCGGCUUGUAUUUUUGGUGCUAGAAAAACCGUUAUUUAAAAGAGUCACACGGGCGUUCCUUUGAUCGCAGUGUUAAGUACCGCGCGUCUUAUAAGGGUUAUAUCCUUUUCAAAGUUUUUUUUCCCCUUAAACUUUAGGUUGGUGGCGGGGGAGAAAAAACCACACACACUACACACGUACACACAUUUUAAGUAAGGUGUUAACAUUCAGCGACGGGAAAAAAAAAUUCCGUUCAAAUUCAGGAGUUUGUUUUUUUCAAAUUCACACAUGUCUUUCUGUAGAAGCGGCUCCCCCUUUCUCUUCUGUAGUCCAGCCUCUUUGUAUCUGUUGUUAUCCGCACCUGCCGCAGUACUCCCUGAGGACUAGCUCCUUGCUGAAUGUACAAGAAACGAUACACUGUGUCCUGCGAAGCUUGAAUUUCACAGCGGGUGGGAAGGCCACCGGGGCGCCAUUUUGAGAACAACGGCGGGAAUCUCGAUUUCAUUUUAUACUUAAAGAAGGCUGGAGAAGAAAUCCGCCUCUUUCGGGUGGGUGGGUGGGAGGGU